AUUCAAAUGCUUUGAAUCUCCUGCCUCUCUCACCCAGUUAUAAACACACCUUUACAAUCAGCACGGCUUCCCCGCCUGAAAGAACGUCUGGGAAAGAGAUAAGAUAAGCAGGCAGUGGCGGAUGACAAAUCUGGACAUGUAUAGGAUUCUUUUCAAAAGAUAAGCUCAAUUCUGUUUCACAGUAGAGGAAAGCCAGCAUCAUCGCUGGACUGCAUGUGCCUGGCUGCUGGAACCAUUCUGAGAAAGCCACCAGGAACAGAUUUCUCAAAGGGGACAAACAGCAUUCAGUCCUUCUGCUUCAGUUCCAGUUUCACUAUGAGGAGGAUAUGCACGCUUUUGUGCUAGAGACCGAUAAAGUCGCUCUUUCUCCCUCUCCCUUCCCUUCAUGAAGGGUAAGUAUCCCUGAAAUGUUAGUUUGGAUGGCACUGGCCCUGAAUGUUGUUGAGAGCUGCCUGAGCCUGUACAAGGUGCCCUCUCUGGUCCCUGCAGACUUUUGCAGUGACUUUUGCAGUGACCUUUGCAGUGACCUCUGUCUCAGUGGCCCAGGUACCCUGUGUCUCCCCUAGGCAUGGGAGCCAGGUGAAUCCAGAGUGUGUUUCUCUCAGUUGUCAGUGUGUCUGCAGCACAAAGCCUGCUAGCUGGACUUGGCUGACUUGGCUCAUGGUCAGUGUUUGUUAAUGAGCAAUGUACAAAGUUCUCUUGCCUGGAGAACUUAGUCUACAGGGCCGAGGAGGAAAUAAAAGAGACAGAUACAGAAAUAAUGAAUUCAAUAUAAUCCAAACCUGUGUCCAGCAUACCAUGGAAUAUAGAAGGGCCCAGAACCAUAGCAAGUGCCCCUGGGUCAGCUGAUGAAAGGAGAAGACCCAACAUGAUGAUCUCAUUUGAUCUGGAUUCUACAGAAGUGAUUUGCUGUAGACUGAUGUUUUUGUCUCCCCUCCCUGCCAAGCCUACAUGCUGGAGUCCCAUUCUCUAAUGUGAUGGCAUUGGGAAGACAGAGUCUUCUGUGAACUUUCCGUGACAGUGUGUACCCCACUACCUGUGGUCCCCCUACAGACUCCUUUACUACGUCUCCAAGACCUUCCAAGUGGAAAAUUAUGUGGUAGGCAUGAAAAGGCUGUUUGGUAUCUUCUGUCUGGUAUGUUACUGUUUGGGCCUCCAGACCCAUUUCACAGGGAAUGGCUCAGACAACCCCUCCAUGUAGCACUUGUCACCCUGUGCAGGCCCCAGAGCUCUUGCCUGUCACGUGCAGUAUUGUUUCUUCCAGACUCAGCUGCGCCAGCAGUGUCAUACAUGCUUUGAUGCAGAGCAUGGUGCUGGCUGUAUUUCCACUCACCCUAGGAAAUGCAUGGCUGAUGGGAGAUGACCCAAAAUAUUGAAGGAAUGGAAGGAAAGACAAAGUGUGAAGGAAACCUACCAUGAAUCCUUGAUAACAGCAUCACUGGAAUGAUUUUAUUAUUCUAGCUACCGUCACCUGACUGCCUAGCUCUGCUGUGUGCUUCACUAGGAUUUUGCACGUAUCAUGGCAUUGACUCCACAAGUCACCUUCAGAUGAAUAGUGUGUACCUUACUUCUCUCCACACUUUUUUAAACAUAGGGAUCCUUGAUUGGCAAAACAAAUGUGAAGGGCAGUUGUGAAGACUGAGUAAUGAGCAAAUUAGUCACUAUAAUUCUUAUUAUUUUCAUCAACUCCUGUACAGCUCUCUUGAAUUUAUUGGUCCAGGUUUGCCGUGCUUAGUGACAUUCCUUGCAUGGAGUUGGCACAUGUGCGUAAUACAUCUUAGUUCCUCCUUCCUUCCUCUCCCUUCUCUUCCUUGCUCCCUCCCUCCUUCUCUUCAGUCUCUUCCCAUCUGAGAAAGGUCUACCUUUCUACUUCCUAGUUUCAUCUUUUAUUUCAUUCUUUGUUCAUACCUUGGGUUUCUCUUACAAGAGAAGCCAGGUGAUAUUUAAGCUUGUGUGUCUGAUUUAUUUCACUUGACAUUGUGAUAUCAUUAAGCUACACAGCCAUGAAAUAAAUAUCAACUAAAUGCACAGCGAGAUAAUGACUAUAAUAACUCUCCUUGCUACGGUACACAGAUAUGGUUACAUAUUUGUUAAAUAGACCUUGCGCUUGUUUGCUAUUCUGAUAUUCCCAAGGGUCCCAGUGAUAUUGUCAUAUAUAUAUGGCCAAAAUAUGUAUGAAAAUAUAUAUAACAAAUAUAUAAAAUUAUAUAAAAUAUAUAUAACAAAUAUAUAAAACUAUUAAAACUAUUUUUCAGAGGUAUAAAUGUAUACAGUAUAUUUUUCAAUAUUUUAUACAACAUAUUUUUCAAUACAUAUAUAAGCAUUUUUCACAAAAUUUUACUCACAGAAAGUAUGGUAUUUUUGCAUCUUUACACAUCUUUGGCAAUUUCAAAGUUUAAUGGUAAUGAUUUAUUCAUAAUUAAAGAUUAUUAUUUGCUAAUUAAAUGAUCAUAGCUAUAGUGUAUUUUUAGGUUUCUAAGUUGAACAACUUUUAAAACUAUCCCUUGAGAAUUUGUAUUUCUCAUUGUAAAAAUCUUUCUGUUGGGUGUGCUUUUAUUGUUAUAAUUCUGUUUUUUGCAUGUAUCUUGGACAUUUAUUUUGCAAUUUUAUUCACCUAUUGCCGUUUAACUUUGUAUACGAUAUUAUUGACACAUAGAUGGGUUUUUAAAAAUAUAAUGCAUUCCAUCCCUGUGCACUUGGUAUUACACUUACAAAUGAUAAAACAAUUUAAUUUCAGAUUCGGGGAUACCAAAAGCUACACCAGGGGAGAAUUAUGACAUACUUUCUUUUGAGCAGGAGCUUUAGUUAUUUAUCUAGCUUGGGCUGCAACAAGGGGCAGUGAUUUGAAGAUGCUUAGGACAUGGACAGAUAUAGAAGGAAGAGCCAUGGAUAGGGGCUUGGUUAAAGGUGACCACCAGCUCUACAGACAGGAAGAAUGAAACUAGUUACUUCAGAUGUCGCUGACCCUUAACCAUAAUUAUGUGUUUUACCCUUUGUCUGAGAAACACCUGAUUUGAGCACUUCCUAUGCAGUUUAUCUGGCUAAAAUGCUAGCUCCUUACAACUUCAAGAACUAAUAAUAUGGGACUAGAUAUCUGAAAAUUUCUAUUUUGACUUUGGGCCUCAACUUUUUUUCAUUUCUCUGCAAAGAGGUAACAUUUAUCCACACCUGCCAUUGUGAUCUGUGAGCUUUCCAAAAUGCACACUUUACAUGAAUUUGCACACACAGUGCGAUUCUGCGUUUCAGGUGACUUCAGAGUAUGAGGACAGCUGGUUGUGGGUCACCUCUCUGCAGACCAACAGAGAACACUGCUCUUAGAGAGCACAGGUGUAACAGUGCGAUUGAAGAGAUCUGAUCGGAGAACAAGACUGCCAAAACUAACCUCUGACCCUUGUGGCCCUGAGCAGUUACUUGAACUCAUCUUGCAUUUCUCCUACUCACACUAGGAUAGUGUCGUGGUCCAGUUAAUUAAGAACUGCCAGGUGCUACAUGCACAGUCACUGUGGGUAACACACAGUGACUUCCAGCCUUACCAAAGUAGAAAGGGUAUGAUCUGUUGGGAGCCGCAGCCCCGAGCCCGGUCGCCUCACUUGGCGGACGUGAGGCCUGUAGUAAAGAGUGAGGCCUGAGGUAGAUUACCCCUCCCAUCGAAUAUGUUAGUUUCCUGCUUACCGCGUAAACAACCCGCUCAACAAUAUAGUCUGCCUGGCAACUGAUGAUGUUAGCCAAUCAGCUUGCCUUGCUUACUUUAACAUGAUUGGACACUGUACCCGUAUAUAUACCGGUGCCACCCCUGGGCGGAAGUAGAAGCCAGAUAGAAGCCCGGAAGUAGAAGCCCAAAAGGAGCCGCGGAGAGCGGACCGGUAGAGGCUUUGGGGCAGGCUGAAGCACAAAAGGAGCCGCGGGGAGCGGACCAAAGGAGGCUUCAGCUGGGAGAACCCAGGGCAGGCUGUACGGAGAAGGAAAAUAAAAAGAAAAGGUUGUCCACUACCAGACUUUGUCGUGUGUCCUUCCUGCCGGCCGGGAGCGGACAUCGACAUUUGGUGGCCCGUACGGGGACUGAUCACCCCCGCGACGUGGAAGUGGACAACGCUCCAGUACAGAGCUGCGAGACAGGUGAGUUGGGGAUAAGCCUGGGCUCUGGGUGGCGCGCACCUACAGGGCUUUUAGACUCCCCUCAGGCUCACGCGUAAGUGGCGGAUUCCUUGGGCCUCACGCGGUGAGUAACAUAUUAAAAGAUGGGAAACAUGUUAGGUAGCAACACUAAGAGCGAGGGUGGUUGUGGAGAAAGCUCUCAAGAGCUUACAAAAGUACGCAGGGUAUUUGAGCAGGCCCAGUCAGGGAGCUCCCGAGAGGUGUCUGUCAAGGGGAACAAGGAUGCUAAGGAGGAGGACGGGGCUCUAGCCUCGGAGUCGUCUGACUCUGAGGACGAGGGAAAGUUGAAUGGCAAGGAGGCCAAAGAGACCAGCUGUCAGGAGCCUAAGUCGCUCAAUAAGGAGUCGCAGGGUUCUUUUCCAGCGUUGCCCCGCGAAUUGCGCUCUGCUCAACCUGGUCUGCGGAGGAGUAGAGAGCUCCUGAGCGCUCCCCGGCGCGAGAGGGAGGCGAUCCCUCGCCACGAGGCGGCCGCCUGGGAGCUCUCUCCCCUUUCGCCAGAACAGGAAGUGAUGCAUGGGCCCCCAUUUUCCGCCCAAUCACGGCCGCUGUCUUAUGCUCCGCCGCCGGCGGGUCGGUAUUUUUACAGGCGGCUUUGGCAGGGGGGACGCUUGUCUCAUGAGGUACAUCCACCUGGGAUAGAUAGUGGCCCCUACGAGAUAUUUCCUGUACAAGUAGCUAUGGGCCAGGGACGCAAUGUAUGGGAGCCUUUUGAGAUAAAGCAGAUUAGAGAACUUAAAAAUGCAGUUACAACCUUUGGGCCGACUGCGCCUUACACCAUUGCCAUGCUGGAGAAUCUGUCUUCUGGGCCCCUCACCCCCGCGGACUGGAUUCAGCUGGCAAAGGCGUGUCUGCCCUCAGGUAGUUACCUGGAUUGGCGAGCCUGGUACACAGAGUUCUCUGCAGAGCAGGCUGAGAGAAACGCCAAUCGGGGAAACCGGGGGUGGAACAAGGAAAUGCUUAUGGGAGAAGGUCGGCACGCUGAUGACCAGACCCAGUUCCCCGGCGCUCUCUGGCGGGGAGGAGAUAGAGAGCCAUCCGCUCCGCCCUGGAGCUCUUCUCCAGAAGCGGCUCCCCACCGAGAGGCCGCUACAGGGAACCCUCCCUUCUCUCAGCCGGCACAGGAAGUGACGCCCCGUUCCACUCUGUCGCGACCGCCGUCCUAUGAUUUUCAUGGGCGGCUACUCUGCCGAGCAGGCUGAGAAAAACGCCGGUCGAGGAAACGGGGGCUGGGGAUUUAGCUUAGCGGCAUAAGCGCCUGCCUUGUAAGCAGGCAAUCGCCAGUUCGAUCCCUGGUACCAAUAAAAAAAAAAAAAAAAAAAAAAAAAAAAAACGAAAAAGAUAAAAAUAAAAAAUAAAAAACAAAAAGGGGGAGUAAGCCAAGGCCUGCCUCCAAAGGCGCGGUUAUCUAUGGCAUGACAAUGGAUGGGCCCGGAUCCGGUAAUCAGCUGGAACCGAGGCGCGGUUUGUGUUUUCCCACAGGAAUCGGGACGAGAACCACUGUGGAUACCGGAGAGACUGACACGGGCAAUAAAGCCCUCGACUGAAGAUCAGACCUGCCCUACUGGAGAUCCAUCACAGACCAACCAAUAAGAUGAAUAGAAAUAGCGGUAGCCCGAAAUGGACAAGAAGAUCCUCAGGCAUAUGCAUGGCUCGCUCGCCUAGCCUACGACCGAGUCUAGGGACGGUGAGCUUCCCACACUCCUCCUCUAAAAAAUUAUGAUAUAGCAGGGUAGGUGAGUCAAUGACGGGUAAGAGCGUGCCUCCCCAGCACGACUCGACCUAAGCCAGGCCCUACCCCAUCCUGCACGUAAGCCGCUGGACUGUUAGAUGCUGCCCAGGUCUAAAUUUCUCUCCGAGGGGAUUUCUUUACGGAGAGGAAAUGAGUGCAAGCUUGUGUGCAUCCAGGUUCCGUCCAGUUUGUGCCUGGCCCUAGAAAAAGGACGAGGGCCUCAGGGCCUUGGCAGACCAUGGGACGGCCGACCAGGGUCUAAGCCAAGGACCUACGGUGGGCCUACACAUAGGGCAUAAGCCUCUGCACCCAGUCCAGGAAGGGCUACGAUGCGCACAUUCAUAAAAAAUAAAAAAGGGGGAGAUGUUGGGAGCCGCAGCCCCGAGCCCGGUCGCCUCACUUGGCGGACGUGAGGCCUGUAGUAAAGAGUGAGGCCUGAGGUAGAUUACCCCUCCCAUCGAAUAUGUUAGUUUCCUGCUUACCGCGUAAACAACCCGCUCAACAAUAUAGUCUGCCUGGCAACUGAUGAUGUUAGCCAAUCAGCUUGCCUUGCUUACUUUAACAUGAUUGGACACUGUACCCGUAUAUAUACCGGUGCCACCCCUGGGCGGAAGUAGAAGCCAGAUAGAAGCCCGGAAGUAGAAGCCCAAAAGGAGCCGCGGAGAGCGGACUGGUAGAGGCUUUGGGGCAGGCUGAAGCACAAAAGGAGCCGCGGGGAGCGGACCAAAGGAGGCUUCAGCUGGGAGAACCCAGGGCAGGCUGUACGGAGAAGGAAAAUAAAAAGAAAAGGUUGUCCACUA